UACAAACAGCAAUGUGUUUAGCGAUCCAUGUACACAUUUGUAGACAUUUAACCGCAGUUGCACGUUUUCGUACGAUGGUACAAUAGAAAACGACUGUUUCCCAUAACAUGCACGGAUUUCAGUUGCCAUCAGGAAUAUAAUAGUACGAUUUGAAAACAAUAAAAUAUAAAGAAUAAUAAAACAAUAUUUUAAAAAAGACUUUCGUGUCUUUGAGUUGGGCCAGGAGGAAGCUGCGAGCGCGAGGCGUGGGAAGCGCGCCACCGAUGCUUCACUGAUCGGGCCUGAAGCCGCGACCUGGAGUUUUUGGAGCAGCGGAAGACGCGAUGGCCGUAAACUUAGACAAGGAGGCGUAUUACCGCCGGAUCAAACGCCUGUACGGCAACUGGAAGAAAGGUGAGGAUGAGUUUGGGAAGGUGGACGCUAUCGUGGUGUCUGUUGGGGUCGAUGAGGAGGUUGUUUACGCCAAAUCUACAGCUCUGCAGACCUGGCUCUUUGGAUACGAGCUGACGGACACCAUCAUGGUUUUCUGCGAGUCCAAGAUACUCUUCCUUGCCAGUAAGAAGAAGGUGGAGUUUCUCAAGCAGGUGGCCGUAACCAAAGGCAACGAGAAUGCCAACGGCCUUCCCCCCAUCAGCCUGCUGGUGCGAGAGAAGAAUGAGAGUAACAAGGUGAACUUUGAGAAGAUGCUGGAGGCGAUUCGGGGCAGUAAGGAGGGCAAGACGGUGGGCGUGUUCAUCAAGGACAAGUUUCCCGGAGAGUACAUGAAGAGCUGGAACGACAUGCUGGCGGCAGAGGGGCUGGAGAAGGUGGACGUCAGCGCGGCCGUGGCCUACACCAUGGCAGUGAAGGAGGAGGGGGAGCUGACGCUCAUGAGGAAGGCCGCCGGGGUGACCAGCGAGGUCUUCUCCAAGUUCUUCAAGGAGAGAGUGAUGGAGAUAGUGGAUGCAGACGAGAAAGUGCGGCACAGUAAGCUGGCUGAGUCGGUGGAGAAGGCCAUCGAGGAGAAAAAGUUCCUGGGGGGCGUGGACCCCUCCACAGUGGAGAUGUGCUACCCGCCAAUCAUCCAGAGCGGCGGCAACUACAGCCUCAAAUUCAGUGUGGUCAGUGAUAAGAACCACAUGCACUUUGGGGCGAUCACCUGUGCGAUGGGGAUCAGGUAUAAGUCCUACUGCUCUAACCUGGUGCGCACGCUCAUGGUGGACCCGCCACAGGAAAUGCAGGACAACUACAACUUCCUGUUACAGGCGGAGGAGACGCUGCUCAGCCAGCUCAGACACGGAGUGAAGCUGUGUGAGGUCUAUAACUCUGUGCUGGAGUUUGUGAAGAAAGAGAAGCCAGACCUGGUGGCAAAACUGACCAAAAACCUGGGGUUUGUGAUGGGGAUCGAGUUUCGGGAGGGUUCCCUGGUCCUGAGCAGUAAGAACCAGUACAAACUGAAGAAAGGCAUGGUGCUCAGUGUGUCUCUGGGAUUCUCUGAACUGGUGAGUAAGGAGGGGAAGAAGGAGGAGCAGAAGUAUGCGCUGUUCAUCGGAGACACCGUACAGAUCACUGAGGAUGAAGCUGCUACAGUUCUGACUCCAGUCAAAAAGAAAAUAAAGAACGUUGGAAUUUUCUUAAAGAAUGAGGAUGAGGAUGAGGAUGAUGAAGAGGCCGAUGAGGCUGAAGAGCUGCUUGGGAGGGGCGCGCGUGGAGUGGCCUUGCUGACUGACCGGACCCGGAAUGAGAUGACCGCAGAGGAGAAAAGGCGAAGUCACCAGAAAGAGCUGGCCAAUCAGGUGAACGAGGAGGCCAAGCGGCGCCUGACUGAACAGAAAGGAGAGCGACAGAUACAGAAGGCUCGGAAGUCGAACGUGUCGUAUAAAAGCUCCACUCAGAUGCCGCGUGAGAGGGACCUGCGGGAGAUGAAGAUCUUCAUCGACAAGAAGUACGAGACUGUCAUCAUGCCCGUGUUCGGCAUCGCCACGCCCUUCCACAUCGGCACCAUCAAGAACAUCAGCAUGUCGGUGGAGGGCGACUACACCUACCUGAGGAUAAACUUCUACGUCCCCGGCAGCUACCUGGGCCGACAGGAGGGAAACAUCUUCCCCAACCCAGAGGCCACCUUCGUCAAGGAGAUAACGUACCGCGCCUCGAACCUGAAGACGGCGGGCGACCCCACGGUGCCCUCCGCCAACCUGCAGAACGCGUUCCGCAUCAUCAAGGAGGUGCAGAAGCGCUACAAGACCCGCGAGGCCGAGGAGAAGGAGAAGGAGGGCAUCGUCAAGCAGGACUCGCUGGUCAUCAACCUCAACCGCUCCAACCCCAAGCUCAAAGACCUCUACAUCCGCCCCAACAUCGCCCAGAAGAGGAUGCAGGGCUCGCUGGAGGCCCACACCAAUGGGUUCCGGUUCACCUCUGUAAGAGGGGAUAAAGUGGAUAUUUUGUACAACAAUAUUAAACACUCCAUAUUCCAGCCCUGCGACGGAGAGAUGAUCAUCGUCCUGCACUUUCACCUCAAGAACGCGAUCAUGUUUGGGAAGAAGCGGCACACGGACGUGCAGUUCUACACGGAGGUGGGCGAGAUCACCACGGACCUGGGCAAGCACCAGCACAUGCACGACCGCGACGACCUCUACGCCGAGCAGAUGGAGCGCGAAAUGCGGCACAAGCUCAAGUCCGCCUUCAAGAACUUCAUGGAGAAGGUGGAGACGCUCACCAAGGAGGCGCUGGAGUUCGAGGUGCCCUUUCGGGACCUGGGGUUCCAGGGCGCCCCGUAUCGGAGCACGUGUCUACUGCAGCCCACCUCCAGCUCCCUCUGCAACGUCACAGAGUGGCCCCCGUUUGUAGUGACUCUGGAUGAAGUGGAAUGCGUGCAUUUUGAGCGUGUGCAGUUCCACCUGAAGAACUUUGACGUGGUGAUCGUCUACAAGGACUACAGCAAGAAGGUCACUAUGAUCAAUGCCGUGCCCGUCAACUCCCUGGACCCAAUAAAGGAGUGGCUGAACUCCUGUGACAUUAAGUACACAGAGGGGGUACAGUCUCUGAACUGGACCAAGAUCAUGAAGACCAUUGUAGAUGACCCAGAGGGCUUCUUUGAGCAGGGGGGCUGGUCCUUCCUGGACCCUGAGAGCGAGGGCAGCGGACAGGAGGAUGAGUCUGGCUCCGAGAUGGAGGACGAGACGUUCAACCCCUCAGCUGAUGAAGAAGAGAAUGAGGAAGAGGACAGUGAUGAAGAUUACUCCUCUGAGACCGAGGACUCUGACUAUAGUGCGUCCCUUGGCUCGGAGGAGGAGAGUGGGAAGGACUGGGAUGAGCUGGAGGAAGAGGCCCGCAGAGCGGAUAAAGAGAGUCAGUACGAGGAUGGGGACGAGAGCUCUAACAGGAAGAGGAAGGGGGGCCGGCCUUCAGCCCCGCCCCCCAGCAGCAAGAAGAAGAGGCGGCGCUAAAUUACAUCACCACACACUCACACACACACACACACGCACUCACACACACUCACACACACACACACACGCACUCACACACACACACGCACUCACGCACACACACACACACACUCACUCACACACACACACACACACACACACACACACACUCACACACACACACACACACACUCACACACACACACACACACUCACACACACACUCACACACACACACACUCACACACACACACACACUCACACACACACACACACACACACACACACACUCACACACACACUCACACUCACACACACACACGCACUCACACGCACACACACACACUCACACUCACACACACGCACUCACACGCACACACACACACACACACACACACACACACACACACUCACACACACUCACACACACACACACACUCGCGCACACACACUCGCGCGCACACACACACACACACACACACACACACACACACACUCACACACACACUCACACUCACUCACUCACUCACACACGCACAUCCUCUCUCACACAUACACACCCAGAGGUAAAUUUAAUGUCUUUAAUUUUGUUGUCCCUAAGACCCUUGUUCCAUAUAGAUAGUUGUGUGUGUGCGUGUGUGCCUGUGUGCCUGUGUGCCUGUGUGCGUGCGUGCGUGCGUGUGUGUGUGUGUAAGAGUGCAGUUGCCUUCAUACCAUUUUCAUACACACACUGUCUGUGUGUUUGUGCGCAUGCAUACAAAUUUGUUAUUAGAAGAUAGAUUUGGAUGAUUUAAAACUAUAAGAAGUUUAAAUGGGAGCAGGUAGUCUUUUUAAUAUGUGCAUAGUGUCCUUCUACUCAGGCAUACACACACGUAUCAUUUAUACAUGCACACAUUCUCUCUCUCUCUCUCUCUCUCACACACACACACACACACGUAUCAUUUAUACAUGCACACAUUCUCUCUCACACACACACACACACACUGUUUGACCUUUUUCUAAUCCAGGGUUUGUGUUAAAUUGCUGAUUUCUGUGUUUUUUUAAUAAAAUGGGAUAUAAAGAAAA